AUGGCUGAGCCAAUACCUGCCGAGGAACAGUCCAAUUAUGAGACCUUCCGCGAUUGCAUGAGCGAACCUGUUAUGAAGGCACUGGCCCUGCCAGCCGAGAAAGAGAAGCCCAAGAAGAAAAGAAUGGCCAAGAAGAGUGCAAAGUACAAGCCAGUAGGCAUGUUCGCACCCGCCAAACCACAGGUCGAAAGCCCCAGCACAACCUCGAUCAGCGCUCCCUCGGCAACAGACGCCGAGGACUUGGGCGAAUUCAUCGACUACCUAAGCAGCCUCAUAUUCCCCUCGCUCCCCGCAGACCUGCGCACCCUCUCAUACCCUAAAUUCCGCGACUCGGCCACACUGCAAGACGCCUACACAACCCCCCUCUCAGCAUUAACAUACACACACCUCCUCUCCACCGUCCCACCCGACGCAAUCGACAGCCUAGAAUCCUACUUCCUCCUCCCUUCCCCCAGCGACACGCACGACGCCCACAACCUCCUCACGCCCGUAUUCACCUCAUACUGUCACACCGUCACACUGCCGCCUCCAAUCUGGGCGACAACUCGAACCUCGGAGUGUGAAUUGUGCGAGAGGGACUGGGUGCCGCUUACGUAUCAUCAUUUGAUUCCGAAGAGCACGCAUGAGCGGGUUAGGAAGAGGGGGUGGCAUGAUGAGGAGGUGUUGAAUAGUGUGGCGUGGUUGUGCAGGGCGUGUCAUAGUUUUGUGCAUCGGUUGGCGAGCAACGAGGGGCUGGCAAGAUACUACUUUACGGUGGAUUUGAUUCGGGAGGGAGGCGUGGACGGGGAUGAGGAGAAAGCGCAGGAGGUUGAGGGAUGGGUUAAGUGGGUCGGGGGUUCUACAAAGGGACGGGUCGCUGACGAGGUGUUGGCUAUGGAAAUAGCCGGCGUUGUGGGACUUGUCCUUCAGGCUGUUAUGCAAGAUACAUCGCCAUAUGUGUAG